AUGUUUUUACCGUCUGGAGUCGAGUAUUAUAAUGUUUUUACUACUUGGAAUCAAAAAAAGAUCGACAACAGCCAAUAUUCAGUAAGACAUCCAUCACAAGCAAUCGCGGCUUUUGAUCAUUUGACUUCGGAGAAUAAAAUUUUCCUUUCGAUCAUCAGUGCGCUGCCUUGUCUUCAUAAAUCAGAUCACUACUCUGCUGCCAUGUUCUACAUUCCCUGGAUUGUAAUAAUUGUAAUGGGUAAUCCUUCUAUCACACGCGAACUCAACCUGACCGAAGAUAUCGGUCCUUCAAUUAGCUUAUUUAUAGGCCACAGCAUAACAAUACCAUCAAUCCCAUAA